CGUAACAAAGUCUUCAAAUGCCGGUGGAUGAGAUAUUUCUCUUCUUUGUUUGCUAAAAGAAGCCGGAAUGAAGCAAAGCAAGCGCGCACUGGAGUCAACCUAGCAGUGCGAGCGCGUUAAAGAAAGUGGGAGAUGAAAGAAAGGAAACCUGAGUAACCCCAGAUAUGGUCAGACAGCAGGGCCACGCCCGAGGAAGAUGAGUAAAAGAAGGACAGCGAGCUUCCGGGCCGCGAAGUUGAAAAGAGCGUAUGGAAGGAAGUAGAGGAGGAGGAGGAGGAGGAGGAAAAGGCCCCAGUGACUCCUUGUGGAGGAAGAGCAGCUGGUACCACCCAGGGGACCAAAAGACAAGAAGUUGGAACUCCUAACCAGUUAGUCGCAGGUGUAUAUCGCUGCCCGUACGGGUAAUUACCGUCGGGCCCUGUGGAAGGAACCACAGGUAAACGAAAUGAGUUCAAAGGCUAAAUCAGCGGGGUCCCGCCAAUCAGUCGCCGGUAUCGCCAGGUAUGGCCGGGACCGUACUAACCGACUGAGGGGGGGAUCACUCGGGGAGCCCCACCCAGCUCAGGGACCACUCCGGGCUGAUUGGUGGGGGUCUGAUACGGUGCCUGGUUUUGUGACGGUCAGCGCGUACACGAGGAGAGUGAUCACAGGCCAGGCUGGAUGAAUGGACAGGAACCCCUCCAUCACCUGCUCCGGUGCGUAUGGUAAGCAUCUUUCUGCGAUGCCCCUCAAUCCAAUGGACUUGCAGGCUUGAC